UUAUCAGCAGGAUAUGUGCUUGCUGCCCAGAGUUGUACCUUUUUACUCUCAUCUCUUUGCAAAUAUACAAGACUCUAUCCCAGCUCAGCAUCAGGGAUUGUUACAGAGGGAAGAAAUGUGAUUGUCUUUCAGUCUAGCCAGAGUUCAAAGUGAAGUAUAAUGUGAUCAGCUUCCACUGUUACAAUAGCAGUAUGAAGGAUGUGAUGCAACUCACUGCUUGCUAAAGGGGCUUUCUAUACAGUUGACAAGGAGUAGUGGAUGCCACAAAAGGAGCCAUAAUUCCACAGUUUUCCUUGCCAAACAUACUGAAAUAUUCAAGAUGGGCAGCAACAGUACCAGCAGUGCUGAGAGCAAUUGCAAUGCCACUUAUUUGCCAUUUCAGUACUCUCUGUAUGCAACUACCUAUAUCUUCAUAUUCAUCCCGGGUCUCCUGGCUAACAGUGCAGCCCUGUGGGUUCUGUGCCGCUUCAUCAGCAAGAAGAACAAGGCCAUCAUUUUCAUGAUCAACCUCUCAGUGGCAGACCUUGCUCAUAUCCUGUCCUUACCUCUUCGGAUUUACUAUUAUAUCAAUCGUCACUGGCCAUUCCAGAGGGCCCUUUGCCUGCUGUGUUUCUAUCUGAAAUAUCUCAACAUGUAUGCCAGCAUUUUUUUCUUGACAUGCAUUAGCCUUCAGAGGUGCCUCUUUCUCCUCAAACCAUUCAGAGCCAGAAACUGGAAGCGUAGGUACGAUGUGGGCAUCAGUGCUGUCAUCUGGAUUGUUGUAGGGACUGCCUGUUUGCCAUUUCCCAUCCUGAGAAAUGCUGGCUUAGCCAAUAGCACAGAUUCUUGCUUUGCUGAUCUUGGGUACAAACAGAUGGAUGCAGUGGUUCUGGUCACCAUGGUUGUAAUUGCUGAACUUGCUGGAUUUGUGAUUCCAGUGAUCACCAUUGCAUGUUGUACCUGGAAAACAACUGUAUCCUUGAAACACCCACCAAUUGCUUUUCAAGGGAUUAGUGAGAGGAAAAAAGCAUUGCGGAUGGUUUUCAUGUGUGCUGCAGUCUUCGUUAUCUGCUUCACUCCUUAUCACAUUAACUUCAUUUUUUACACCAUGGUAAAGGAAAGCAUCAUUACCAGUUGUCCCACUGUAAAAAGUACCCUGUAUUUCCAUCCUUUUUCCCUAUGCCUUGCAAGUCUCUGUUGUCUUUUGGACCCAAUUCUGUACUAUUUCAUGGCUUCAGAGUUUCGUGACCAACUAUCUCGUCAUGGAAGCUCUGUUACUCGUUCUCGUCUCAUGAGCAGGGAGAGUGGAUCAUCAAUGGUUAACUAAAAUGAGAAAAUUCUUCAGUUAGGAUUCUCUUUACCUGACAUUCUGUGGCAUUGCCCAAAGGCAGGAAUUUCCAGGCAAAUAAUUUCUUUAACUGAACCUUGGAAAUAGCAGAAAUAAGUUUUAUUGUGUGAUGGUUGUGGUCUCCACAGAUGAUGGAGGCAUAAUGUGAAAAAAUGUGGGAGUAGAAAGAAAAAUGGGAUCCAUGUGCUUCCAAUUUAAAAUUUAUGGCAUUAUAUUAGUUACAAGUCCCAAUUUAAGUUCAAGUUUUUAGCAGAUGUUUCCAUCCAAAUAUAAAUUGAAUGCAUAUAUUUAAAUUUGUCUUCAGUAAAGAGAAUAGUACUGAGAUGCAAGGUAUAUAUUAAGAUGUACAGAAGAAUAAAUUUCCCCCAUGGAAUAAUUUUAUUUCUGAAUGGAGUAAAGAUUUCAAGUCUUUAUAAAACAUUACACACAGACAAAAUGACACAAAAGUUUCAAUAUGUGAAUGAAUUUUAGCACUGCACUCUUGCUACUGAAUGGUGUACAUGAAAAUCCACCUCAUGGAUGUUCGUAGAUGUCCAUCAUUUUCUAGGUUGGCAGUUUGCUAUGUAUUUUUACAAAUAAUAUUUCAUCUUACUUUUCCAAUACAAGCAACAGUAAAUGAGGAGAUUACAAAUACAAAUGAAUGUAAAUGUAAUGGCAGAGAGGUUAAGCAACAUGUCUCACAAUUAACAGUUACAUGGCAUAUACUUAUGCUAUUUCCUCUGCUUAUAUUUUUAUAUGUAUUAGGUCAAUACUAAGUUUGAGUUGAAUGUGGAGGACACAAACAGAAGAUAAGCAUAGGAAAUAGAGAUAGUUUUAACACAAUUUUCCUGUGCUCAUCGAAAAAUCUAUAAUUUGGGGAUUAGCAUGAUUCUGGGUAGAGUCUUCUGUGAUAAAUAUAUCGUCAUAUUAGUGUAAUCAUCUAUAUAGUCUUGAUGAGAAAAAGCUCAAUAAUUCAUUAUUUCAAAAUCAAUAUUAUGGCUAAUAUAAGCCAUGCAAAUAACAUGAAUAAAAAGCUAUGAAACUGAGCCGCAUUUUAGAAAAUGUAGGCUUCCUUUUAAAAAUUCUCUUUUUAAAAAAAUUCUUACACAUUACUAUGUCACUAAAUAAAAUCUCAAUGGUUUUCAGAUAUCAUAACUCACAUAAUUGCAUUAGAAACAGAGUAUUAAUCACAUUGUGAACAAAUAUGAGAGAAAUAUGUGACCUUGUUUUUUUCUGAGUGUUAUGGAUACUAUUUUAAGUGUUCAUAUAGAUGAUACAAAUAGAACAGAACCCCCAUCUUCUCAAGUUGACAAUUCACUGGUAUUUUAGGUCUGAAAUGAACAGAGCAUAGACAUUUGGUAUGCAGGCAAGAAAAGGAAGUGGUAGUACUUAGAACAUGCAUUUGUGUAGACUAAGGAAGAGGAAGGGACCACCAAAAGGAGGAAUUAAAAGAAAAUUUCUUGGUUUUGGGGGAAUGAGAUAGUUCUGUAAUUAUAAUGUAAUAAAGUGUUUUUUAAAAUUUGGAAA